GCAUCAUUCAUUCAUUCUCAUUUAUUCCGACCAUGUCCGCCAGCAAAAGCAACAACACCAACAACCAAAGCUUUCCCAGUGAAGAGAUUCUCUCACGCAAGUGGGAUGAAUGCAUCUCUAAUGUCAUUGUCAAGUCUGGUAUCGGCCUCAGUGUCGGUAUUGUUGCCUCGGCUCUUGUUUUCAAGAAGCGUUCUUGGCCUAUCUCUAUCUCAACUGGUCUUGGUUUAGGUUAUGCCCUUUCACAGUGCGAACGUAACUUCAAUCCCAAGUUGGUUCCCGUUGUUAAACAAGCUCAGGAGAAGAAAUGAAGAGAGGAAAAGAGAUGAAUAAACAUUAUAACCAUGGAUAAAGAUUUUUUUUUUCUUUUCUUUUCUU